AGAAAGCUGGAUCCACAUCAGACACUUUCUAGACACCAUUGCAGAGACGAGGGCAAAGCUGAGGGGUAGCACUUAUCAAGUCUUCUAGCUGCUAGCUUUGCCAGCCUUCACACCUAGCAUUUAUCGAGUCUUUUAGCAGAAGCAUUUUCUAAGACUUCGUGCCUUCGCCUUAAUUUUUUUCCUUCCGUCUAGCCUACUGAACUCGCUUUCCCUGAUAUCAUGAACAAGCCAAAUCUGAAAGGAAAAAUGGAGUACUUGAGAUUAGUCGCUCCGCUUCUUUUGCUCCUGACCCUGAAAGUGUCCGUUACUGCGGCGGACGGCGACGCGCAGCCGUCUUUCCCCAUCCAGCCGAGCGCGUUCGAGGUUUUCAUGCGGACACAGGGAGCGUUGCUUACCAAACGUCAGGACAAUGACGUGUCGCAGUCGCCUGAGUCGCAGGCGAUUCAGGGCGACGCCGACGCAAACGGUCGCCAGCUGCGACAGCAGCCAAGGCGGGUCGCACCCUCCUCCCGAGGCUGGAGAACCAUGACCGGAGAGAUGUCGCGGAAACUUCUAGACUUCGGCCGCGAAAUGCGGAGCCGUCCGAGACGCGUCACCCUCGACGGGUUGCCAAACAACGCGGCCCCGCAGGCCCUUCAAGCGCCGGGUUUGAACUCCGCGCCGAGCGCGGGCGACAUUAACAUGACGUGGUACCGCUGGCAGAGCGUCGCACACCCGGACGAAGUAGACUGGAGACAGACGAUCGUGAUGACUCCGGUGCUGAAUCAGAUGCUCUGCGAGAGCUGCUGGGCGUUAGCGUCGACGGAUAUCGUUAGCGUCGUGUGGGCGCUGGUGAAUAACCAGACGGCGCAGCCGCUGUCGCCGCAGCACGUGUGCGACUGCGCGGCGGGGCAGUGCUGCCAGGGCGGGUGGCCGGAGUGGGGGUUCCAGUUCAUCCUCGCCAAUGGCGGACUCGCUACAAACGCGGAUUAUCCCUAUCUUGCGCGAGACAACUCUACGUGUCGCAACAUCGCCCAAGCGACGCUGAAAGCCAAGAUGACGGGGUGGGAGAAGGUGCCGGUGCGCAGCAACAAGGCACUGAUGAAGGCCGUCGCGCAGCAGCCCGUGCUCGUGUACCUCGCUUCGGGCACGAACGACUUUAUUAGCUACUCUGGAGGCAUUUUCAACAGCAACUGCAGCGGCGACAUCGACCAUGCGAUGCUUCUUGCUGGUUACAACGUAACCGACCCCGACAAUUCGUAUUGGAUUUUGAAGAACACGUGGGGAACGAACUGGGGUGAACACGGUUACAUGCGCUUGAGGAUGUUACCAGACGGGAACGGCAAGUGUAACGUAAUGAGCGAAAACGCGAUUUACCCCGUCUUUUACGAGAAGAACAGCAAGGCGUGCGACGUUGUCACGCCGAGCCCUUGCGGUGGGGGCGUGUGCGAAGUGCGAGGUGGCAUGGCGAGAUGUAACUGCCCUCCGGGUUUCGUCGAGCGGUUGGAGGAAAGUGCGCCCAAGUGUGUUACGGCUACACCAUGCGACGCCAAUCCGAAUCCUUGUGGUGUCGGGACGUGCAAUAACGAGUUCGACGGCACCUACACCUGCUCCUGCCCUGCGGGCUCCGUGAUUGGUUCCCGAACCGACCGUGCCAUGACCUGCAUCGUAGGCUCGUUCCAGUCCGGCCUCCAAACCUACACCGUGAUGACAGGCGACACCUGCCAAACCAUCGCCGACACGUUCGGCUUCUCCGUCGAUUUCCUUGUCCAGCGAAACCCGUUCCUAGACUGCGACUUCCCGCUAGUCGCCGAUUACGUUCUUCUCGUCGCUGACACCGCGAACUUCACUUGGGGAUGCUCCGCUAUGGAUAUAGUCGGACCCAACGACACCUGCUCGUCAAUCGUGUCGCGGAACGGCAUUUCUUAUCGCCAGCUUGUUGCGAUCAACCCGACGCUGAAUUGCUCUGGACCACUCCCGCGUUCGCUUACAUUCUGCACCGCGCCAGGUCGCAUUUCGUCGAAUUCGCCCCUGAUUCGCUCCUGCGGAAGGGUUUACGACGCGUCGCCGAGCGAAAGAUGCGUGGAUAUCGCGAGAGGCUACAACAUUUCGCUGAACGAUUUCCUGUGGCUGAAUCCUGGGCUCAAGUGUACCGACGAUCCGCUCGGGGUGGCGCUCGCGGUGUGCGUGUCCUCGCUAUCAACGGAACUCAUGACUGUGAACUGUACCCAGUGGUACACAGUUUCGCAGGGCGAUACCUGCCCCAAAAUUGCAAAUGCGGUGCAACUGCCAGUGACAAGAUUCCUUCGGCUCAACCCCGGUCUCAGGUGUUACGCUCCCUACUUCCAAAUCGGUCAACCCGUCUGCGUCGCCGGCACAACCACCAACAUCCAGAAAAUCACCCUCUCCCCCAACGAAGUCCCAUACACCGUUCAAGCCAAUGACACCCUCGCUUCAAUCUCAGCCGACUUUUCCACCCGAUGCCCGAACAACACGUACCCGUUCUCGAUCUGCGAAUCGAAUUCGCUUGCAGACUGCACCGAUCAGUCGAUUAUCGAGGGCCAAAUGCUGCUGAUCCCGUGCAAGAAAAGGGUGGGAAGCAACAUCUGUGCGUCUUCCCUUCCUGUGUGCGGCUUCGACGGAGUGACCUAUGCCUCAAUGUGCGAUGCGGUCAACAAUUUUGCGCUCCCCAUCGUGCGUUACGACGUUUGCAACCUGUGUAACGAAGCGCUUUGUUACAAGAAAAUGGGGCAGAAGCCGCCGAAGAACAGCUGCGUGGCGCCGCCCGGAGUCUGCCCCUACCCAACUUGGAAGCUGCCCCCAGAAUAUUUUGACUACUGCCCGUGGGUUUUCGACACGCAGUGUGAAUGCUUGCAGUACACGUGCACGUACAUGUGCAAGCUAUCGGCGUCGACGUACACCUACAACCUUGGCACGGGCAACACCUGGAAGAACGCCACUGUCUUCUACUCAACGUGCUACAAGUCCUGCUACGACGACAACCUGCGCGCCGGCUGCUACUGAUGUCUGACCAGCACGGACUACGUGCUCUCGAACUGGGCAACAGGAGCAGCCUAGGCAACGUCCAGAAGAACGCCGCUGUCUUCUACUCAGUCUGCUAUAAGACGUGCUUCGACGACAACCUGCGCGCCGGCUGCUGAUCCCAGCACGGGGUGGCAAGUGGGGGAUCAAGGCCUGGAUGGCGUGAGCAGACGUGUCUGGCAGCCCUGGCAAACACCUGGAAGAACUCCACUGUCUUCUACUCGGCCUGAUACACGAUGUGCUUCGACGACAAACUGUAUUUUGGCUGGUGAAACACACCACAGCGAGAUGGCAAGUGGCAUGGUGGGGCCUCUGCAGCUGCAGGAGCAUGCACGCCUGGAGCCCCCGACAUGCAAGUGGCAGACGUCCCAGGUGGCAGGCCUCUUGGCCUAACGAGGAGUCUGAAGCGCGCACCACCUACUUGGGAGGCUAACUUGCAGCGUCCUGGUGGCUGAAGGGGGAAGCUGGGGAAGGUGGGGCGGGCCUGGCCAAGGCAGGCAACUGGGCCGAGCCACUGAAUGGCAAAGCAGACGCUGAGUGGCAGCCCAGUCUUUGUAUGGCAAUCAGGGUCCAGGGAGGACCCCUGAAUGGCAACCCAACCUAGCCUUUGAAUGGCAACAGCCCUGUGACAGAUUGAUGUUGCCAUUCGCAGUUGACGGAAAACAAAAUGGCUGCAAGGGGGGUGGCGGGGUGGGGUUCCUUGCACAAUUUGAAAUCAGUGUCACUAAGUGGAGUGUCAAUAUGGAGAUCAUUUUGUAGGGAGCGAAGAGGUAAGUAAUUGAAUUAGCUCCAUGGCACCAAAUCAGUGUGGAUAUGCACAUUUGCCAUACGUACGGUAAAUGGUAGGCGUUUUGUCUAAUAGUGUAUAGUAGUCUAUCGCUUAGCUUGCUCAUUUGUAUUCGUUCAUUCAUUGGUUAUGUUGCUCCUGUAUUUACUAUUACUGGUGUUAUUAUUCUUAAUUGU